AGAUGGAAUUUGGUGAUGUCCGAUGCGGGGUCAUCUUUAUCAGGGUUUGAGUAUACCAUCGACAAGACAUGGGAUGGUCUUCCCAUAGAUCAUGAUCCAAUCCAUGUAAAGAUGAAAUGGCAUUUUGCUAGGCAGAGAGGAAAGCCUCACAAAAGAGUGAUCAAAGUCAAUUUUGAGUCUCCUCUGUUUGAUGACCCCGAGGCCCCGCCGGACCCUCCAGGAAUUUUACCCGGACUAUGGGAAUACGAAGUCGUCGAAUUCUUUUUCGCGAACAAUCGUGAUCAAUAUAUAGAAGUGGAAGUAGGACCACAUGGACAUUGGCUAUGCCUUCUCUUUGAUGGUAUUCGCAAACCAUUCAACAACGGAGAAGAGCUCGAACUCGAGAUCACUAACAAGUUUGUUGGGAACGUAUGGCAUUGUGAAUUCGAAAUACCGCUUGCAUAUUUACCUGGAAAUAUAACAAAGUUCAAUUCCUUUGCGAUCCAUGGCUCUGGAAAAGAUCGGGUUUACGAAGCGCUGAACCCUGUGACCGAUGGGAAUUUUAAGGAGCCCGACUUUCAUCGACUGCAAUUUUACGGGCGAAUCAAUAUGAACAGGUUGUUGCCAGAAGGUUACGGAACAAAGCCUUUCAUUGAUUACAAAUACGGGGACAUUUGGAAGGAUCACUACUGA